CACCCGAGCGGCGACACAUCGCGACACAGCGCGACAGACACAGCGACAGCGACAGACACACCGCGACACAGCCGGCCCGGCAUCGCCGCCCCGCGCGGCGCCGCCGCGGCCCGGAUUACAUAACGGCGCCGGAGCGAGCAGCUGCGGGAUUACACCCUGCGGAUUAGGGAUUGCGUUGAUUCAGCAGAUUGCCCGGUGCUUGUCUGAGAAAGAUUACACCGGCAGAGUUAAGAAUACCCCCUGUGCUGCGGUUGUGUAUCUGAGGCUGCUCAAGAGGACGCCUUUGGGAGGGGACCUUGCUGUCACAGCCCAGUGUCACAGGGAACUGCCACUUCAGACUUUCCUGUAUGGACAGGACACUUGAAAACUAGAGAAGUCACCUGAGGUCCCGUGAGAACCAGCACUGUCUGCUCAUAAAGUGCUGUUUUAGAAGAGCAGCCUCUGACCAAGAAUAAAAGUUGGUGUCGGAAUAAUAUGCGAACAGAUCAUGAAGAACUCUGUGGCACCAGUUAUGGAUCUUUUUGUCUGAAUGGAGGGAUUUGUUAUAUGAUUCCUACCGUGUCCAGUCCAUUCUGCAGGUGUAUUGAGCAUUACACAGGAGCCCGUUGUGAGGAGGUUCUGCUGCCCAGCAUCAAGUCCCAAACAAAAGGUGACCUGUUUGCAGCUUUCUUGGCUUCCCUUCUUCUUCUAGGAGUUCUUGUAAUUGGAGCAUUCUACUUCCUUUGCAGAAAAGUUCCCAUUCCAAGGACAAGUUCCUCAGAGUGUGGAGCCAGCCUAGCUGAACCUACAGGCAGCAGUGGCUGCAACAAAAUAACAACAGCAUAAAGCAAUCCAGUGGAGGAAUGGUGGGAAAACAACAUGCAGAGCAACUCCUAAGAAGACAAGUUGUAGAGGAUGAUGUGGUGAGCAAGAUGAGAGAAGAAAGCAGACUGAAAUAGGAGGCUCAUGAGUUGGAGAAGACUGCAACUGAAACAUAAACAGUUGCACUUAAUGGAGUUUGUAUGUAUAUUUAAAAGUGCAUCAAUUAUACAGACAUCACUAUAAUUUGUUUGAAUUUUGUGAGAUUUUUUUUAUGACAAUCAGUUCUCAAUAAUGCACAGGUAGAUGCAUGAGAAUUUUGGGGUUUACUACAUGGGAAAUGUAUAAAAUUCAUUCAGGUUUUUUUCAAUGUACAGAAAAUAUGAGAUAAUAACAGGGUUUUAGCAUGACAUAAUACUGUGGAUUUUUGAUAGGGGAAUUUUGUUUGACUGUCUUGAUUCAAUAGUUUCAAAAUUUGUACUUUUGAUACAUGUCCAGGAUUUGGCUUGUUUCAGACACCCUUAACAGAUGUAGGGGAAAAAAAGCACCUUUCUCCCAGCUAAUACUCUAUUUUUGUUUUUUUUUUUAAUCCUAAGACAACCUGAGGAUGAGGUACCACUGCUAGUGUAUUGGCCAGCUUCCUGGCACAUGAUUUGAAUUCAAAUGCAAAGAAAAGAUUAAUAAAAUAAACAGGUAGUGGUUAAAAGAAAUUUAGGCAGAGAAUGGGUUUAUUUCUGUCUUGCUUUCUCUUCUGGAAAUCUUACUACUGAGGGAAAUUUAAACCUCACCUUAAUUUUUCCAGUUGAUAUUUCAGAUAGCAGAAGGCAGGAAUUUUAUUCAGCAGGUCACUUCCUGACACAAAAUAUCCAGACAGGUGUCUUGGCUGAAAAAGUGCUGCCCUCUCCAAAGAUUUCUUUUAUUCACAUCACCAUUUGUUGAUCACAUCAGUACCUCAUGUUACCACACUCUGGUUCCUUACAGGAUUCUCUUCCUCAGACAAAGAGAGGCCAAAUGACACGGUCCAUGUCCCUUUUUUGCCUUGACAACACAAAGAGAAUGGUCUGGUUAGUCAGAGGCACAGAGAAAGUGAACUGAGCAACUUGCUUUUCAAGUUAUUUCUAGCACUGGGGGUUGAAACCAGCAAAAAUCAGAUAUAUUUCCAUUCUUGCACAUUACCCAGCAGGUCGUUAUAUGGGAUUUUUAAGGUGGUAUUGAGGGGAAGAUCGGCCAAGAGAAGGUCACGAAUUGAAAGGAGAGAAAAUGCAGAACAGAGAUUUCUUAUCUCUGAAAUAAACAAUAUCUGGAGAUGUGUAAAAACACGGGUGCAGAGAAAAUAUUAAACAAGCUGCUGUUCCUGGGAUGCCUGGUACGUGCUCUGGGGUACUUUGUAUCAGUGCAGACAAAAGUCCAGUGGGACAGAGAGGGAAAGCCCUGCUGUUACAGGGAGUGAGGAGUCAAAGGGAAAACUGUGUUCUAAUAACUACUAGAACACAAACCAGAAAAACUCAUUACCUGCCAAGGACUCAUGUCAGAGAAGUCAGAGUCCCAGUUAAUGCUCAGCAUCUGAAGGGAGAAUCUGAGGGCACCAAACCAAGUACAGGACCUGAUCCAGAGAUUACGUUACAUAAAGCACUAAAAGAUCACUUUCUCCCCAAAUUAACCAAUCCUAUAUGUUAUUUCCUGGACUUCAGACCUUUAGCAGAUAAGCUGAAAAUAUUGUCUUAAAGGCUAAGAAAGAGAAAAGUGAUUUUUCAUCACACAGGGACAUGCCUCUGUUGCACAGAGAGCUGAGGGGAUGUGUGGCAGUGCUGAGAGCUCCAUCAGCAUCAGUGUCCCCUGAACAGCCUCAGGGAAAACUAAUCAGAGACAGCUGCUCUUCGAUAACUUCACUAUGUCACUGAGACAGUCACACUUACAGUUUGGGAUACUAUCUCCACUGAAAAAGGAAAAGGCUUGUGGUCAGCUUAAGUGGAAAUUCAGGAAGGAGAUAUUACUAGAAGAUGUAAGAAAUAAAUGGGCUGAAGUUGUACUGUGUAAACUCUCAGAAUCCCCUCAGCUUUCUAGACAGAUAUGGAACAGUUACUCACUGUUACCAAGUGUGUUUGCACUGUUUGGGAAACAAAUUCAUUUUAAUGGGGUCAAACGCCACAGAAAGUACAGGGUAGCCAACAUUAUGUGUGAUUUAAUAAAAUGGUGCAGCACUGGAGCAAUGCUUGCUGGAAGAAUUUAGGAAGAGCCCUGGGAGCAAUAAAGCUAAAGAAACACUGGUUCCAGUGGAUCAGAUCUUGUGCUUGGAGUCACUGGAGCCUUUUUACUGGUGACUAAUCAGGGCUUUCUCUUGUCCAUCUGACUCCCAUUUCCACCAAGCAGAAGAUCUCAUGUCUUUAAAAUUACCUCUCCACCAGCUGGAAGGCUGAGGGGGAAGAAAAGUGGAAAAGACUUAAUUUCCUAAGAAUCUCCACUACUUUGAUUACACCACAGUUUAUUACAGUGGGAUGGCAAAAAUGCUUUUAGACCUGAGGAUCACGUUUUCCUUUCAGAAUCCUGUAGCAAAAGUCUCUUCCUAAUGUGUUGCAAAACCCUGUUAAUCACUUGCAGAACAAACUGACAGCUCUUAGCAGGAGGUCUCUUUGUAGACCUAAGUAAGAGGGUUUUUUAUAUAUAUCAGUAUAUAAUUUUCUUCAUUAGCAGCCCAAACAAACUCUGGAGCAAAGUACAGUUAAAGGGGAACAUGAAAUGGCUUUUCAAAGAAAACAAGAGGAUUUUCUCUGGGCUAGUUUUUGAUUUAUGAUGUUACAUAUUAAGCAGGAAGACCAACAGAAAGUCCAUUUGGUAGCACUUCCCAAUUUAAAGGUACCCUCAAUGCUGUGCAACCCCUUCAAAAUCUACUGCACUAAAAGAAAUCCUUUUCCUUCUGGCCCUGCAUUUUUGAAGAGCUGGAGAGGGUCUCUGACUGUGUGACUCAGUUUCCUUUGGUAUUCAGCAUCCUUUCAUUAAAGGACAUCAAGCUGCUCCCAGUAAAAACUGAAAAGACUGUGGAUGAGUUUAAACCCAGGGGUUUUUUUCCAUUUACUUUCAUUUUUACUAUGACUGUAUUCAAACCCCAGGAUAUUCAUGAAGAUUUAUCAGUGUAAGUUUGGGGGAAAAAAAAAAUGGAACUAAGUUGAGUUAUGAUUCCCUGGCAAUAUUACUUAGAUUACCAGGAUGCAGAAUAAUCAAAAGAAUCCAGACAUAAAUGGUUUGCUUUUUGUGGUUAAGGUUAAUGAACAAAGGGAUUCUUCAUUUAAAGUACCGCAGCAUUUCUUGCAUUUCUUGGGGGAAAAUGAGCCAACCAAAAAAAAAAAUCCCUAAACCUGUGUAUGCCUGAAGAUGUUAAAAAAAAAACCAAACAAACCAAAACCUUUCACCAGAAAUCAUUCCUAGAGCGAGAUAAGGAUGUGUAAAUAGAACCUACAGCUGUAGAACCUGAAAUAUCAAGAAGAUAUUGCUGUUUUCAUCCCCCCCAAAUUAAAGCUACGGCCAAUUUUUAACCCUUCUCAGUGCACCUCUGUGUUUGUGUAACAUUUGAACGUUCUUUUUCAGUGUACAUUUUAAAAGAGGCUGUUUUCAGAUUGCCUUCUCAAUGCAAGUAAUGAUAUUUCAUCUAAAACCUCGUGCAGGCAACUGAUGGGCUGUAGAAAUGUGGCUGAGCAUCCACUGGUGGCAGUUUUUAACAGUGCUGGGUGAUUUAAAUCUAUGUUGUCCAUCCUCCAUCACAGAAUCUGCUGCUGUUUCAAACCAUUCAAUCAUUUUCUCCAGUUCUGGAGAUUCUCAGAGAGUUCCUUUUGAGGGGAUUCGUGUUUGCUCUCCCUGUUGCCAUAUUGACAACUCAGCUGAGCUUACUUUAAAAAUAGCUGUUUCUAAUUCUUAGAGCUGUGAAAAUUUCCUGUGCAAAGGUGACAUGACCUGCCACUGUCAGUGAUGUGAAUCACUGAGACAUUUAUUUUGAGAAUUCUGUGCUACCUGCUAAUCUCACUGAAGAUCUACCUGUGAAAUGUAAUGAGGACACUUUAUACAUUGUUUUUUAACAGCAUUUAAAAGGACAAAUCCUAAAGAUUUGGGAAUAACUUUGUUCUCUUAAAUUUUAUCAAAGCACUUGGGAAAAAAUUCCAGUUAGCUAUUUCUGUGCUAAUAAUUCUAAUGUAAGUAUCCAGGUGAUAUGACUUCAAAGAAUCCAAACCUACCUUUGAGUUUCCAGUUUCUCCCUGCAGCUGUAUGUUCUGUUUACAACAAUACCCUGCAUUGUUCUGAAGUGCUGCUGGGCAGAAAACAGUCAGUACAAGGGCCCUACUUCUGUUUGACCUAAACCAGUGGUACAGGACCAGUGCACACUCCCCCAGCAGUGAGCUCAGUUUACCUUCCAGCCUGCAGUUCAGAACACCCUCAGGGCUCCUCUGGAGUCCUUCUGGAACAGCCUCUUCUGGAGUCUGCAUCUGGCUGGGAAAUGGGCUCAGCAGCAGGAAAAGAUCUCAUAAACCACCACUUAACUGUACAUUUACUGUCUUUGUAACUGUUUUCCUGUGUCGUUCCACUGAGUCAAACAGAAGGAGGAAUCUGGAUGAGAAAGGUUUUUUCUUGUUCUCUCACUGGGCCAGACAUGAGGCAUUCAGAAAACUUAGGUGAGUUCCAAAGAUGGUGUCUGAUGGGAAAACUUAACAACCACCACCACAGAGAUGCUUCUGGGAGAAAGAAGUUCUCCAUUUUUAGAAAGAAAAAUAUAAAGUAAGAGAGGGUAAUGACAAUGAGUGAGUUUGGAGGGAGACUUUUAGCAAAAUCAAUUUACAAUCAUAUGUAACUACUUAUUCAUAAUUUGGCUCCUCUUUAUCAAAUUAUUCUUGCUUUCUUACAACUGCACAUUACAGAAACAUCCCAUAAUGAGGAGACUUUUGGGUAGUGACCUUAAAAGUUACAGAAACAGCUCUAUGUUUGGCAGUUGCUAUUUCGGUUGUGCAAGUAUGAGAUUACACAUCACACCACUUGCCUAUUAUUUCUUGUAUUUUUAAAGCUUAGAGAUAACUGAAUGAUGAAUUAAGAACAAAUGUGCAGCAAAACAUUAUUCAUAUUCAAAAGAUGGGGAAAAACAAUGCCUUUACCUUUCAUCAGCAAAACUGUCACUCCUCCCUGGCUUGUGACUCUGCAAGUUUUCUUUUUUUCAUAACAAACCCAAAAUCCAGUUGUGGUCCCUUAGGAAUUCUGUUCUCUUGUUGGAAACAGAUUAGCAUCAGCAUGAACUGCAGAUAAACUUCAGGUCUCUUUAUGCUAUUCACAUUUGCCUCAAUUGCUGAAUACUCAUUUAUCUAACUUUGCUCACUUUAAAACCUUGUGGUUACUUUUUGAGUGGCAGAGGUAUUUAUUGUGGCACUGCAAAACUUUCUAUCAAUUCAGAACAAGCUCUGUCUUUUGGUACCUGCACCUUUUAAGCAAAUAUAUUUUGGUUUCUCUGAGGAGUUGUGGUUGAAGAGCAAAUGACAGCAUGAAGGCAAAAUGAAUAUGGAUAGCAAAACACUUUAAUCACUGAUGUUGCAGUUUUAUCUCCUACAUCACUUCCCUGACACAU